AUGGCCCCCAACGGAGUAAACGGUGCCAGGCACAAUGAGGGUACCUUCCUCUUCACAUCCGAGUCCGUCGGUGAGGGACACCCCGACAAGAUUGCCGACCAGGUCUCUGACGCCGUUCUUGACGCCUGCUUGGCGGAGGACCCGCUCUCCAAGGUCGCUUGCGAGACUGCCACCAAGACGGGCAUGAUCAUGAUCUUCGGCGAGAUUACCACCAAGGCCAAGGUUGACUUCCAGAAGACGGUUCGCGAAGCCAUCAAGGACAUUGGCUACGACGACUCAUCCAAGGGUUUCGACUACAAGACCUGCAACCUUUUGAUUGCCAUUGAGGAGCAGUCCCCUGACAUUGCCCAGGGUCUCCACUACGAGAAGGCUCUUGAGGAGCUCGGUGCUGGUGACCAGGGUAUCAUGUUCGGAUAUGCUACCGACGAGACCCCUGAGCUGUUCCCCAUGACUCUCCUCCUUGCCCACCAGCUCAACGCUGCCAUGUCGGCCGCUCGUCGCGAUGGCACCCUGCCGUGGCUGCGCCCUGACACCAAGACGCAAGUCACAAUCGAGUACAAGCACGACAACGGCGCUGUCAUCCCCUUGAGGGUAGACACCGUCGUCGUUUCGGCCCAGCACAGCGAGGAUAUCACCACUGAGCAGCUGCGCAAGGAGAUCCUGGAGAAGAUUAUUAAGAAGGUUAUUCCCGCGCACAUGCUCGACGACAAGACCGUCUACCACAUCCAACCCUCCGGUCUUUUCAUCAUUGGUGGACCCCAGGGUGACGCUGGUCUUACUGGACGUAAGAUCAUUGUUGACACGUACGGUGGCUGGGGUGCCCACGGUGGUGGUGCUUUCUCCGGAAAGGACUUCUCCAAGGUCGACCGCUCGGCCGCUUACCUUGGCCGCUGGAUUGCCAAGUCGCUGGUUGCCGCCGGUCUGGCCCGCCGUGCUCUUGUCCAGCUGUCGUACGCUAUUGGUGUUGCUGAGCCUCUGUCGAUCUACGUCGACACCUACGGCACAUCGGAGAAGACCUCGGAUGAGCUGGUCCAGAUUAUCCGUGACAACUUCGACAUGAAGCCCGGUGUCAUUGUCAAGGAGCUUGACCUUGCCAAGCCCAUCUACCGCCAGACUGCCAAGAAUGGCCACUUCGGUACCAAUCAGAGCUUCAGCUGGGAGAAGCCCAAGGCCCUCAAGUUCUAG